AUGUUGAAACUUCAAGUUGUCUUCAUAUCGCAGCGUCAACAAUGGCUGCUCCAGCUGAAAUUAGCAAGUUUGCUGCUGCUGCUGGUGAAUAACAAUCUGACGAUGCUCUUGCAAAGACCCGUCUCUGCGAGAAAGUUUCUUCACUUGACGGCGCCAUCUAAGUCGCUUAUGGAAGUCUGUGAAGAGGUGAUACGGCGCUAUUCCAGACUAUACCCUGACGAUGAGGAACUUGAGAUCUUGAAACUUCAAGACCAAGAUCUGUGUGACCUUGACCCGGACUACAUUGUAGGUGAAAUUUUCUCCUCUGGUCAAAUUAUGCAAGUCAUUGUGAAUAAUGACUUUGAAGAAAUUCUGAAUACCUUAAUUUUGGACCCACAGCUGGUUAGUAGUUCGGCUAUUGUCAAAUCUGGCCAAUUCAAUCAAACGCAUGGAGGCACUCCUUCUGUUUCUAGACUUCAGGAGCAAUCGCAGAGUACCCCAAUCGGUCCACCGGCACCCAUAUUGACAAGGAAACGUCCAUCUACUACGGCUGACUUCUUUGAUACGUUCGACUCAAAUAUACCUAGGAAAUCCAGAAGAACUAUCUGGGAGGCAGCAAUUAAUUCUGCCAAUUCUUCAUUGAAUAAUACCGAAAAUGUGAAUCGGGACGCGAACGGCACUGGCGCUGCUACUACUGCAUCCACGUCUCUCCCAUUGCUUGAAGUUAAAAGGAAGAGACCAUCUGUGGCCUCAAAGAAAUACACUCAGCUGCAACCCAAGAUCCCCUCAAACACUUCGUUGAGCUACCCCACGCAGUCCUCUCCAUUGCAUGACAAUUUUGAGGAGACUAACAUCUCCUUGCCUCCUCCAGAAGACUCCCUGUUGUUACUGGAGAAGGAUGUUAUUCCUCAAAAGAAAGUCCUUCAACCAUCUGUAUCCCUUGAGGAACCUAUUACCUCCGAAGCCAGAAGAGUAACUUCAGGGAUGUUAGCCGUGCCAAUCCAAACUCAAAUGGAAAUUGAUCAGAUUAGGAAGGAACUUCCUCAAUCCACUCCUUCUGCCACUAGACGUCUUGAACUAUCUGACUUAUCCGAUAGUAUCUCUGAAGAUGAGGUAGAAGAGGAUGAGCAUGACAUAAUUGAAGAAGAGCAGGACGAAAAUAUAGAUCCUGAGCUUGAAGAAACAAUAAGCUCAUCACCAAGAAAGAAACGAGUCGUUCAGACUAACCCUGAGGAGCAUCUGAUUUCUGCUGCAAUUUCUAAUGCAGAAGGAGUCGAAACAUUGACUAAGGAAGAAAUUAUGGGCCUUUUCAAGAACGGUAUGCGAAUCCCAGCUCAGAUAAGGAAAAAGUUGGGUAAAAAGGACACCAUUGUUGGAAGUAAGCAACACUUAAAAUCACUUGAAAUUGACAUGAAUGACCAAGGAAAGAUAUUGAAUUCCAGAAAAGAAAGCUCUACUGAAGGUGAAAGUGGAAGAAGUAAAAGAAUCGCAGCUCAAAAAGCUGUCCAGAAGAUAGGAGAAGUUACGAGUAAGCCUAUAAGAAAGCGUGGGUCUUCGCCUGCAGUAAAAGGCAAAGAGCUUUCUAAUGGCUCUGUUGUUAAUGAUAGUGGUACAUCAAUCAGUGAAACUGUUGAGCAAACUGGUAAGGCUGAAUCUCAAAAGACAAACAUAUUAGAUUCCGCACCAAUAGCUACCCCUACCCCUCUCAAUAAAAUUGAGUUGCACCCAAAAGUUCAAGAUUCAUUAAUUGCACCACUGCAUGGGGAUGAUUCCUCUGUAGGAAACACAGGUGUCGCUGCCUCAAAUGCGUCUGAAAGCUCCAUUCCAAGUUCUAAGAAGUCGAAGUUAAAUAGAAUAUUUGACAAGAUGAAAAGUUUCGACAAUAGACUCAAUUCCCAAAUCGAUUCAUCUCAUAUAUCAAAUGAGGGAUCUGAACAAGAGAAUAUACAAUUGAAACUAGUCAAUGGAGAGAAACCUGCGAAGGACGGAAAAUUACUUGAUGUUCUUGACAAGGCAAGAUUAGAACUUCAGAAAAAGCAAGCAAAUUCUAAUGGGACUAAAUUAAAUCAACCACAGGAAGAAACUUCAACUAGAAGGAAAUUAUCAACGUCCAGAAUAACAACUAAUACUGUUACCCCACCUCAAAGUCAAAAUAAAUCCCAGACUACGCAAAUUCCAAACUUACCUCUUAGUCAAAUACCUAGAUCUGCCUCUUUUAAUAAGUCUACGAAUACGCUGCAGGAAUCGAAUUCUGAAACGCCUCUUAAUAACGGAGGUAAGGUAAUGAGUGCACUUGAGAGAGCUAAGUGGGAGUUGAAGAAGAAGCAAUUAAAUUCGAGGUCCUCGAAUCCUAGUUCUCCUCAUAUGUUGAAUUCCCAGGCAAAUGGGGGUUCGGCUAUUGAAUCAGAUUCUUCUGAAACUUCCAUUACCGCACUGCAAGUAGAGAAGCAAAGAACUGAAAAUGAAAGAAUGAAAAAGAGAGCAGAGCAACUUCGAUUAGCUAAAUCUAAUCUAGAGAAAGCAAGACGUGCAAGUGCAAGCAGCUCCAACAAGACUUCAGGAAAUGCUUUGGAAAAGGAAAUUCCAGUGCCAAAGGAUCCAAAAUCUAGUGUAUCAGCUCAACAACCUGAUGAUGCAUUAAUCAAAGGUUCUGAAAUUGAAAUUAUUUCUCAACUGAACCCAUUUCCAAAAGUAAAAUCCUCAGAGAAAAUAGUUCCACUCAUACCUCCCACUAAGCUGACUCCUUCUGAGGUUAUUGCUACUAUAAAAAAUACGCAAAUAAGUCCCAUUACCAUCAACUCUGCAGUGGCUCCACCCGGUACGAAAGUAACUUCAGGAAAAACAACCUCUGCAACUUCCAAAAAAGUUCCUAAUGUUAAGGAACUGAAGGUAGCAGAUUCGGUAGCAAGCUCUACUCCAAAAUCACAACCCACCACAACUGUAUCUAAAAAGUCCUUCGAAGAUUCUUCGUCGGCAGAUGAUUCCAGCUCGGACGAAGAUUCUGAUUCUGAUGACGAUUCAGAUAGCGGUGACUCAGAUGUAGAAAAUGUAAAAAAGAAGCAACCAAGAGUUGUUGCCGUUCCUACUGCGGCUCCUAGAAAAUCCCCUGCUCCAUCUAGAUUACCUUCUAGCAGCCAAAAAGCAAGACCAUCCGUAGAAAACAUUGCCAAGAUAACCUCGGGCAAGUUGAAUGACGUUCAAGCAGCUCCUUCGGAUAUUGGAACUAGAAAAGCUAAUUUACUGGAACCUAAUACAUUAGAAGAACCACCAUCUAAGAUAAUAAGAAUGCCAACAUUAACUUCAUUAAGUGACUUGGCAUUAAGAGGACUUCCAGAUGUGAAAGAUUCCACCAGUAAUAAAAAUCUUGAACGUUUGGACAGAGCUGCAGCUCCAAAACUUUCGAAAACAGAUGAAGUAGCAUCGGACUCCGACUCCAGUUCGAGUUCAAGUUCUUCUUCCGAUUCUGAUUCUGACUCUGACUCUGAUUCCGACUCAUCUGCUUCUGAUUCUGAUUCUGAUUCCAAUGGUAAGUCGAAAUUCAUUAACGUGAAGAAAUUUAAGAAAGACAAGCCAAAGAAAAGAGGAGGUUUCUUUGAUAUGAUGAAGGACGUAAGAAAAACUUAG